AUGGAUGCUGGGCCUUCGAGCGAUGGUACCGCCAAGCCUCCGCCACCCAAAAGACUUCGACUGGAUGUUGCGGAUGGCUUCAUCAAGUCUACUUCGCCUGCUAAGAUCUCAGCUCCUAAGUUCGUAUCUGCCUUCGACACCAAGUCCAGUUCUUCGCGCUCCAAACCCGCGGUCAGAGCGGAAAUGUUCCAACCGGACUUCCCCAAGCUUCCUCCACAUGUCUCACGGCUUAGUAUCUCUGCCCGGACAUCUCGCGCGCCUAGGCGCGUUAGGAGUCCCCCUCCGGUGGUCUUUCCAGGACUCAAGCCCAAGGACACCGAAGUUCGAGAAAAGAGGAAAGUCCCCAUAACGUCUCGUAUCCCUGAGCGACCACAGGCAGAUGAUGGUUCGCGUAAGAUGACCAGUAUCAAGUGUCUGCAGCUCCGCCCGCCGCCAUCGCCGCUACAAACCAAGAAGCUCGCCGCCAUCAAGCCACCUCCUUCAGUUCCUGGUCCCUCUCGUGAAUCUGGUCCUCCAAUGAAGUCGAUAUUCGCAACCGCUGUUGCUCUUGCGACGGAUGUGCACACAGAGCAAGGCGCUGCGGAGGUGCUAGCCAUUCGCCUACAGCAACACGGUCACGGAUAUGUCGACCCCACCGAGCGUGAGAUACGCCGCGGUGUCGGCUACAGCCCAGAAAAGCUAUCUAAGCGCAACAAGGAUCCAAAGAUUAGGAGGGGUGGACUGGCAGAUUGUGCUCGUAUUCGGUGUAAACAGCGCCAGACAGACCUCUCUUUAUGGCAGGAGGGACUGCGACUAGAUUUGCGCAACAAGCGAUCCCUCGCUCCUGAUAUGCGCCUGCAUAUUGUGUCGGUGAUCCACGCUGCCAGUGAGGCUCAUCAUCAGCGCCCCACACAUGCACCCUGUGUAGGCUUUAUCCGCUGCCGCGAGGUGCUAGGUCUCUCGGAGAUCGAACGCACAAUUUUGCUCAACUUCGAUGGGGCUGGUACACCAUCGCGAUUCAACAGUCCGGCAGACUUGCAAGAUGGGCGGGAGGUGUAUGUGUGGCAGCCGUGGCAUACGACUCAGCUAUCCGCGGUACACCUUUCUCUCGCACCAGGAAUGGAUCUCACUGAUCCCUCAACAAGUUCGGGGAAUGUCUCUGUACUGUUUUGUACCCGUUUUUGGAUCCCUCCUGUUGCGGUGUCGUAA